CCCAAAAUAAAGUUUGUGCUUUCUUUUCCUGGAUUAAGGUCCUGCUGUGGGAAUGAGAUUGAUGAAAUCGUUCUCUUGUCUUUCUCAAAGAGAUCUCCAGGAGUUCAUGCCUGUCUUUGCUGCUCGUGAUAGUCAGAAUCAACUGAACCUGCUGAGUCUUAGGCAUUGAGAAUAUAGACAACCAUCGUGGUUUGUGGGUUUUAAUAAGCUUACGGCUCUUUUAUUGUUAGAUGUGCUGCUGCGCUCUGAUUUCUGUGAGAAUUUUCAGACAAUAUAGGUAUGAGCAGUUGACAGUUUCUUGUCUUCCAUUUCCCCCAACUCUGCUGACUCAUCUCUGUCCCAUUUCUGGUUUAGCCCAAAGGACUAGGGGGAUGAUUUUGCUCAUGAAAGUACCCAGCUUCCUUUUGGACGCGCACCACUUUCGAGCUUUGAAGCCAAAGAAUGUGUGUUGUUUUUGCACAAGACGUUUGCUCCAACAAGCUGCCGACUCCUUUGACUAUGGCAAAAUUUUGCAACGUUGCAUCCUGCGAGGUGCUAGAAAGCAUGGCCUUGUAGCUCACUCUCAUAUGAUAACAAGUGGGUUUGCCUCGAAUCCCCAUUCAAACAGCAAAUUAAUCUCCUUCUACGCAAAGGUUGGUGAUGCCAGAGCUGGUCGGAAAGUGUUUGAUAGUAUGACUGUAACGAAUGUUGUGUGCUGGACGGCUCAGAUUUCAGGUUAUGGACAAAAUGAGUGUUAUGAAGAUGCUCUGCUGCUGUUUUCAGAAAUGCAUAGAGUGGGGGUCAAGGCCAAUCAGUUUACUUAUGGUAGUGUGCUAAGGGCGUCUUCUCGUUUGCAAUGUUUCAAGAGAGGGAUGCAAAUACAGAGUUGUGUACAGAAGAGUAGGUUUUUCAGCAAUUUGUUUGUGCAAAGUGCAUUAAUUGAUUUGCAUUCUAAAUGCGGAAGUAUGGAAGAUGCUUGUUAUUUGUUUGAGACAAUGCUUGACAGAGAUAUGGUUUCUUGGAAUGCAAUGAUUGGUGGGUAUGCUGUUCAGGGUCUUGGUGAUGAUUCUUUUCGACUGUUUCAUGCCAUGAUGACAGAAGGUUUGCUACCUGAUUGCUUCACUUUAGGAAGUCUUUUGAAGGUGUCUGGAAGAACUAGUGAUUUCCUCAAAGUCGGUAAGCUACAUGGAUUCGUUGAGAAACUAGGUUUUGAAGGGAACCUUGAUUUGCUUCGAUCAAUUAUCGAUGCCUAUGCAAGAUGUGGGGGCCUAGAGAGUGCUAAUUGCUUGUACAAGACUAUGGAAGUGAAAGAUAUAACAUCUUGCACAGCGUUGAUGAAUGGAUUCGCUCGAAACAACUAUAGAACAGAUGCUAUGAAUCUCUUCAAUGAGAUGCGUAGGAUGCAGCACAUGAAAAUUGAUGACGUCAUGCUAUGCUCUGUGCUCAAUAUGUGUGCUAAUGCAGCAUCAUUAACCAUAGGGAGACAGCUUCAUGCCUUUGCUGUUAAAAAUAAACCCAGUUAUGAUGUGGCGGUAGGAAAUUCUCUCAUUGAUAUGUAUGCAAAGUCGGGAGAAAUUGAAGAUGCUGACCGUGCUUUUGGUGAGAUGAGGGAGAAAAAUGUCAUAUCAUGGACAUCGCUGAUUAGUGGGUAUGGAAAACAUGGAUAUGGAAGCAAGGCAAUUUCAUUGUGUAAGGAGAUGGAAGAUGAAGGUUUAGUGCCAAACGACAUUACUUUUUUGUCUGGUCUCUUUGCUUGCAGUCAUUCUGGAUUAAAUAAGGAAGCAUUGGAAUUCUUCAAUAGCAUGAUCAACAGGCACAAUAUCCUUCCGCGAGCUGAGCACUACUCUUGCGUGGUUGAUCUCUUUGCCCGUGUAGGGCAGUUAGAAGAAGCGUACGGUAUAAUUUGUAGGAACAAUAUUACACCGAAUUCCUCAUUGUGGGGUGCCAUUCUUGGGGGAUGCUUUUCAUAUGGUAACAUCGUCCUUGCUGAGACAGUAGCUAUGCAUCUCAUUAAUCUGAAUCCAGAUAUUUCAGUCAAUUAUACAGUCUUGGGGAAUAUAUAUGCUACAGCUGGCCUAUGGCAUAAGAAUUGCAAGAUCAGAAACUUGAUGAGCCAGAGAAAUUUGAAGAAGACUCCAGGUUACAGCAGUGUAGAUUCUCCAAGGAGCAUUUACCUUACAUAACUAACUUGAGGAGGCAAACCAGGAUGCUGCAGUCAAAAUCUGUUUGUGACUCUUGUGGAAACAGUUCUUGUAUGUAGAAUGGGCAACUUCAUGGAGACAAAGACAAGAUUUCAGAAAUGUGUUCCGGAAUGAGGGAAUCUUUGUGGUGGUUAAUAUCUUGCUUAAUUUCCCAAGUUAGUUCUUAUGUUAUUUUAAGAACUAUAGGGAUCUGGUUUACAUGGUUACAUUAGAGAAGUGAAAGAAAAUUGUUUUCUAACAGCUAAUCUAUAUGCAUAAAUUGUAACUGGGGAGUAGGACAGCCUGUGGGUUGUGUUUGUAUUCUGGCGCUCUGGAAAUCUCAGAAUCUAGUUGAUUUUGAGCUGACUCAGUGGCAGGUUGAAGCAUCGGAGGUUAGUUGUUGGCAUCAGGCGGAGGAGCUCCUUGAGCUCCAGGGUGACGUUAGGGCAACUAAGCCACGUGUGUUGGAUGCAGCGGGCCUGGGAUGGGGUGAUGGGUGGCCUUCUUUGGUGGUUCGUGUGGAUGGUGUGGUCUAGAAAGGGUCUCAUUAAGGAGCUCUCACAUGCCCUCAAUCAACUAUAUACCCAAAGCAGGCGUCGACGAUGGCCCCCCAGGAUGGGAUCGGCACCGGGACCAAUUUUUUUUGGCCAAGCGCCCUGUGGUUGUUUGGCCAUCAGGUCUGGCCGUCAGGUACACAUGGGUUAUGCAGUAUGUGAAGUGGAAGCUAUCAACCGGAUUUCAGCUCUGCUUUAGAGGUUCUCGCCACUCAAGCAAUCUAAUUUCUAGAAGUAAUCAUUUACUUCUAAAUCAGAUGUUUGAACGAAACUCAUUUGCUUUUGAUUUGUCCGCUUGAAUAAGCUGUUUGAAGUUAAAUGUAACGGCCCUCAGAGAUGCUAGAAGGGUGUUUACAGUAGGUGAAACAAUGACCUGUGCCUGCAUCUCAAGAAGUGAGUAAAGAGGAAGAACAUGACAUUUUCUAUACCAGAAGUCCAGAAAAAGGGUCUCAUGGCGCAACGGGGAAUGAUGUUGCAGGAUGCAAUGGGUGCGCGACGGUUGCUGUGGGGAGACGCCGUGGUAUUGGGGAGCGCGUAUGAAUGAUCCGUACAUGAGACAUAUUGGCGUUGUGAGAUUCAAUUGCUCGGUGGGGUCGUGAAUUGGUGCAGAUAAUCGGCGACCUUCAACCCGUCAUUGAGAAGGCAAGAGUUGGGAUGCCCGAGCUGGUGCUGUCUUGACAGCAAUUCGGCAUAUGUUACCCAAUAUGCACUUGGUUUGAACUUUGUACGUAGUGAUUUUUCGGCAAAGUGAGCUACUUGGAUGAGUUCGAUUUCAGUAAACAAGUUAUAGGUGGAGGACAGCUCCUUGUUCCUAGUGAUAAAAGAAAAAGGCUAGAACUGAAUUGAGUCAUGAUGAGGUAUUCCCACGCUGAAUUUUUACCCGUCGACAGUGAGAAAACGCAGAAGAAAGACGCGAUCUCAGAUAGGCAGAUGCUUGUAUAUAACGGUAUCCUGCAAACCAAUUGAAAGCAGCCGGUGCAGGCUAGUUUGUAGAUUAGUCAUCAGAAAUACCAACCAACCAAAUCAUGGUACUGCAUUACCACAUGCGCAGCUGGGUGCAGCCGUGUCAAAACUGCAGCUAAAGUGAAGAGUAAUUGCGCAAUCAAAUGAUGGGAGGGUUCCCAUUAUGGUCUCUUCUUUCUUUUCCACCCACCCACCCCACUAGCCAGGCCAGCCAUCUCCCUGUUCUCGCGUUCAUACAUGGUGCUGCUGCUGCUAAUAGUUCUCUACCAAGUGUCCAAAUGAACUCUUCUUCAGUGAGCGAUCCUCCACUACUAUAUAUACACACCCUCCUUCCCCAACUAGCUAGCACACACAGUACUACAUUACCCAAUCUCUUCAUUUCCAGAGCCCACACACCAUUCAGAUUAACUGUUUACUUACAUACACGUUAAUCAUGGCCGCCGGUAGAGCGAAUUGGGUUGCUGCUGCUGCCAUACUCUCCAUUCUGUUCCUUUCUAACGCUAACAUGAUGAUCAAUGUUGAAGCAGCGGGACGUCGAGGAGGCGGAGGCGGCAGUGCCUGCGGGAAGACACCAAUUAGGGCUGCAGCGGCUAGCCUGAGCCCGUGCUUGAGCGCUGCUCGGAACGCCAGAGCAGCUGUGCCGCCGGCGUGUUGCUCGAAAGUUGGCGGGCUGAUCAAGGCGGCUCCCAAGUGCCUUUGCGCCGUGCUGCUGUCCCCCUUGGCUAAGCAGGCCGGAAUCAAUCCCGGGGUCGCCAUCACUAUCCCCAAACGCUGCAACAUUCGUAACCGCCCCGCCGGCAAAAAGUGUGGAGGCUUCACACUCCCAUGAGCUAGCGCAGCUGGUUCCUGGGGCUGCCUUGCGUUGGAAGUAAUCAUGGUUCCAUUAUAUCAGAAGUGCCGGCAUUGCUAGUUGCUUGCUGUAGAAGGAAAAUGAGUGUCAAAUAAAGGGCUGCCCUCAUAGUACGAGGCAACGUUUAGUAUUUAUUUCCCUAUUUGCUGAGUUUUCUUAUCCACAAUCUGCCUGUUAAACCAAUCUUUGGUCUCUGUAUCUCCUCAGUUAUGUCAGCUAAUAAUGAUGAUCUUAGUUAAUCUCUGACAACAUUACAGAAAAAUCUUCCAUUUAUAUCAUCACAGGCGCCACUAUACAACAUUUCUGUACAGUAUACACUAUAAGGUGCGAGCUACAACAGGGAUUCUGGAGUGAAAAAGAUGACUAAAUCAAAGGGGCAUUACUCUCUCAAGUAGCUUGAAAGCUCUCCUUCAACCAUUUUGACUGCGACUCGAGCCCAGCGUCUCUCAACGCAUUAAAAGCCGUCGCAUAAAGCCUCGCAUCCAAACCAGUCCCAACCGACUCCAUGUCUCUCAACAGCUUCACCAUCUCCUCUAUCAAACUCAUCUUUGAGAAUACCCCGACCAUUAUCCCUCCCAUCUUCCUAUCCACACCAUCACCAUUCAUCACUGUCCUGUACUCCUCGAAAUACUCAACACACUUGUCGAAGUCCUUUGCCUUAUUGUAUGCGCUCACGAGGCUGGUGUAGCUCACCUUGUCGGGUCCGACUCCCUUCCUCUUGAUCUCGCUCCAUAUCUUCUCCACCUGCCUCACAUUCAUCGCCCUACCGUGCAUCUCAAGCAAACAAUUGUACACCCAUAUGUUGGGCUUGCACUUCCUCUCCUUCAUUUCUCCCAACAGCCGCAUUGCAUCCCCAACUCUACCCAUCUUCCCGUACAUCGCGAUCACGGUGGAGUACGCCACAAGGCACCUGUCGAAACCCUUCUCACGCAUCUCUGCAAACACCUUGUCUGCUGUGCGAUAGUUUGCCACACGGUAGUAUGCAUUGAUCGCUGAUGCAUAGGUCACCUGUCCUGGCUCGUACCCUUUGGUUGUCAUCUCCUCGUACACUUUGAUUGCAGCAGAAAAGCCUCUCCUUUUGGCGAAACCGUUCAGCACCGUACAGAACACGCAAUCAGUAACCUUGAGGUUUGCAUCGUGGCUCAUGUUGCUGACAACAUCGAGGGUCUUCUCCACCUGGCCUCGCUCAAUAUACAUCGAGAUGAGCUUCGAGAAUGCCUCUGGGUCUCGCAAUGCAUUCUUCUCUAUCGCUUCGUGAAAUAGCUCUUCAGCUUCUCGAGCUUGAUUGGAGUCGGCAAAUGAGCAGAUUAACGAAGAGUAGAUUUUGGGAUCCUCUACAAGCAAACCAUCUUCCUUCUUAUUCCUUCUCAAGUAACCGAGAGCUUCCGAAGCUCUACCUGAUUUGGCUAAUGACUCAAUCAAUACUCUGUAAAUUUUGGUCAGCACUUCUAGUUUCGGGUCGAGCUCUUCAGAUUCAAACUCGUGAAACAAGGCAACCACUUUCUCUACAUUGCCCAAUUUCUGGUGUGCCUUCAUUGCCUGGUAAUAGCAGCCAGAAUUCAAACCGAUUCCAGAAGAUUUCAUUUUACCAUGCAAUCGAAUCGCGCUGCUGUACAUGUGCAGCUUGUUGUAACCUUUCACGGCGGAAUUGAAAGCUAAAACAGAGACCUUAGGGUUGGAUUGGAAAAUCGCGAGGAACCGUUCGCAAAUUCUGAAUUUCCUAGCUCGGAUACAGUUCUCAACCAAUGUAGAGCAAGUGUAAGCGUCGGGGAGAGUACCGUACCUCCUGAAAUCGUCUGAAAGCAGCAGAAGCAAACGAUCCCAGUUCUUGGUUCGGACCAGGUACUUCACCAGAAGCUUGACGACGGACUUAUCUGGCUUGAAUCGUGGGUUUUCCUUGGCUUUCCUGUAAUGCUCGCAAGCCAAGGCUUCGGUUCUGGGAUGGUGAAGCAACCCACGAAGGAAUGCGUUGAGAUUCUCUGCAUCUGAAGCCGGGUAGGGCUGCUGCUGGUGGUUGUAGUCUCUUGGAAGCCGGAAGUGGUUGCUACGGAGAUUUGGGGGUGCUUCUUCGACUUCUUCUUUCUCUUCUGCUGCCAGAACUGGAGCAGAUGGGAAGCAGGAAGAUUUGACAUGGAAGUUGGAGUUUGGGCGGAAAGAGAAGAAGCUCUUGGGCUUGGAACAUGGUGGGAAGCUUUUGGGUUUGGUGGAGCAAGUGAUGUGCGAAGGUGAAGAAGAAGAAGAAGCGACGAGUGACCAGUCAGGAGAACAGGGGAUCGCCAUGGAAAUGUGGUCUCAAAGUGGGUGGGGAGAGAUGGUUUGUGAAGAACCAGAAGAACGGGCGCAGAAUAAAGAGGAAUGGAAUGGCGGGGAAAUUGGGUGAGCGUGGGGAAUUCUGAAUCAUGGGUUGCUAGCUUUGAUUUUUAGUUUCUGAGUGUGAAGUUUUCUGAACAGUGACAGAGUCAAGAGCGAGGGAGUGGGGCUGGGAAUUAAGUGGUGGAGAAAGCUUUGAGGAAUGCAGAAAUCCGUGAUGGAAAUGGAUUUUGGGGAGGCAAGUGGAUUCUGUGAACCACUCAGACAGUGGCACGUGGAGAGUUGGGAGACAUAGGGGAUAUAUUCUGUCUUCAAUUCUGCCACGUCCGCCAAUUUUCUAAAUAUAUAGAGCCAAAAUGGACAAACC